AUGGCAUUGUUUCUUUAUAUAAUUUCUAUAUUUGUUGUCAUACAAAAUGUUUAUGGAUCAGAUUUAUUUUCCUAUGUUAAUAUGGAAAAAUACUACUUCAUAGAGGAGGAACUAAUAGGUCUAACCAAUGCUAUCGUUGAAAUUGAAAGGAAAGGUCACAGUGAGGGAGAUGUACACGACAUUUUUCAGCAUUCAAGAAUAAUUCAACACACGAAGCAUAUACAUGUGGAUGUAAGUCAUUUAGAGGACUAUUUGGCUCAUCCUAUCAACAUAUUCCAUCUCACAAAGAGACUAGCGACAACCUGGAGAACCACUAUAGAAUCCCUUCUUGAGAGUUCUCUCUGUGUAAAUGAUUUAAAAUUUAAAUUACUGGAUAUUGAAGACAAUAUUCCAUCAGAAAGCCAUUUCAACAAUAUAACAUACGCAGUCCUGGGCCUACAAAUUUUCCGUGGCUACUCCAUCGUAGACAUGAUGAAUGGCUCUGUUAACGGUGUCCAGCCACACGAGCCUGUAACUUUAGAAGAUGCCGUGGACUUUGGAAUGUCCGCAUAUGCAAUCGGCGAUCUUAAACGUUCGAUAAGCUGGCUCGAAUUCGUUAUAAAUGAAAUUGGAAACAGCACGGACGAUGUUGGAAGGCAUUCCAUAGGCAAGCUAUACAGCAGCCUAGCCACAGUGUAUUCACAGAAUAACAAUAUUGAUAAAGCGUUGGAAACUUUAGGCCGAUAUCUAAAUUUAGUGCCUGACAGCGUAACCGCGAAACAGAGCGAAGAGUAUUUUCGAAUGAAGAAGUCCACAGGAAGCAGUAAAAAGAAAACACGGAUCACAGCAUCAAAGUUCAAACGGCUGAGAGAGGGCCUAUGUUCAGGGAGCAUCUCCAUGACCAAUCAGAAAGCAAAAGGACGGACAGUUACGUUGAAUACGUGGGACGAAUCGUUCCUCACAAGAAAGGUGUAUUUUGACGCCAUCGUGAUGAGACGACGGCCUUUGAUAGUACUGAUCCCCGGAAUGAUUGACAAAGACACUGCAACAAACAUUACUAACCUGGGAUAUGACAAGAUGUUUGAUAAAAUUAUACCAGCUAACAAAUACGGUAAUCCAAAAUACAGAGUUAAAGUGAAUGACACCUCUGGAUCCUACACUAUAGCAGUGCAAGAAGAUCUGUCUCAGAUCAAACUGACACGAUACCCACCACAGAAAACCAGGUUUGAGGUUUUUAACAUUGGAUUAGAUGGAGUCCACUCUACACCUGCCAAAAAGCGAUCUGGUCCGUCGUUUUCAGGGACAAUGUUGACUGCGCUAUCUGAUACCACAGCGGGCGGUGAGGUAGUAUUCCCUUUAUCCAAGACAAGAAUGAAACUAAACAAGGGCGACGUUUUGUUUUAUGAAGCUGGAGCAUCCAUGUCUAUUUGUCCAGUACUGUUUGGUUCUCAGUGGUACGGUACAAUGGAUGUUUUUGAAUCGUUACCAAACCGUGUAUGUGGAUUAAAACACAGAGUGAUUGAUGUAUGA